GUAUAUUUAUUAAAAACAAUAGAAAUCAUGAGUAAAAGUUGUUAUAAUUGCUCUAAUUAACCCAAAGAAAAAUAUCUAAGCAUUUUCAACACGUGCGUGCGUGUUCGUGAGGAUUGAGGUAGCAGCAGUAAAUCGGAAGCUUCUUCUUCCGUAGGUUUGUCGGAAUGCGCGACGCCAAGAAACAAACUCCGAUGAAUUCCCCAUCUCUGGCCGCCUUGAUUUCCUCGCUAAUUUCCCAAAUCCUUAUCAUAAUCUUCCUCUUCUUCCCUCCCUCAAACUCCCUCCCCAUCACAACAACAACUAAUCCCACCUCACCUCUUCAACAAUCCCUCCUUCCCUUCCUCCACCACUUCCUCGCCGCCGCCGACAUUGCCGCCGCCCUCUCAUUCUCCAGAAAACGCAAGCGCUCACUCUCCGACACAGACAACGGCGCCGCCGUCCCCCGGAACCCCGAUUCCUUCAAGCGGUUCUUCAACAUGAAAACCAACACCUUCGAGUGGCUCUGCGGCCUCCUAGAGCCGCUCCUCGACUGCCGCGACCCUGUCGGCUCGCCGCUCGAUCUGCCCGCCGAGACCCGCCUCGGAAUCGGCCUGUUCCGCCUCGCCACAGGCUCUGAUUACCCCGAGAUCUCCGCCCGCUUCGGAGUCUCCGAGGCUGUCUCCAAAUUCUGCGUCAAGCAGCUCUGCCGCGUGCUCUGCACCAACUACCGGUUCUGGGUCGGGUUUCCGGGCCACGCCGAGUUGGAAUCGGUCUCGACUCAGUUCGAAACCCUCACCGGCCUCCCCAAUUGCUGCGGAGUCGUGAGCUGCGCUAGGUUUGAAUUCGACAUCGAAAAAGAUAAAAUCCCCAAUUAUCGGAAACAGAGCAUUGCCGCUCAAAUCGUGGUGGACUCGUCGUCGAGAAUUCUAAGCAUUGUGGCCGGUUUUCGCGGCGGUAAGAGUGACCUGAACAUCCUAAAAUCGUCCAAUUUGUGUAAAGACAUCGAAAAGGGCAAAAUCUUGAACUCGCAGAGGCUUGUUAGAGUGAAUGAUGUGGAUGUGCCUCAAUAUCUAGUGGGGAGCGGGGAAUAUGAUCUGCUUCCGUGGCUGCUGGUACCGUUUGUCGAUCCUAAGCCGGGAUCUGUUGAGGAGAAUCUCAACAACGCGCAUUCUUUGAUGCGAGAUUCCUCAUUUAAGGCGAUGGCGAGUUUGAGGAAUUGGGGUGUUUUGGAUAGGCCUAUCGAGGCAGAGUAUAAGGCUGCAGUGGCUUGUAUUGGAGCUUGUUCUAUACUGCACAAUAUGUUGAUCACAAGGGAGGAUUACUCUGCAUUUUGCCACGAUUUGGAUGAUGAUGGUGCUUUUCUUCGUGAUCAAAAUGUUGCUAGUUCGGAGGGAAACUUGAUUGAAGAGAGUGCGUUUGUUCUUAGAAACGCAUUGGCUACAAGAGCCAGAAGCUUAGAUUGUUCGAAUGAUUUGAGUAGGGUGGUAUCGUGAAGACAUUUUUGGAUUUUGCGUUUGGCAGAAACGGCGAAGUGGCCGGGGAAGAAGAGCUGUUUUCUCCAAUUCUUGAAGAUUGUAAAGUGUUCCUGUGUCCACGAAUGGGGAAAAUAUUGAACGUGGUGAUUUAAAAGAGAGAAAUCGAAACAAAAGAUUUGGAGUUACAAGUACGGUAGGUAUAGCUGAAAUCUUGGACAGCGUUUGCCGUGUUACUAGAGGCUUUCCUGAUAAGAAGUUUUUAUUGUUCACCUCUUUACUAUGUUAUCAGAAAAACCAUUCAACUGAAGUUGUAGUGGGAAUGUAGAGAUAGGAACAAUAACUAGUGCUGGAAAGUUGUUCAACAUCAGAUGCUGCUAAAAUCACUUUCCAGUUACUAAUUAGCCUCAUAAUUUGCUUGGUGCCUUGUUUAUGUAUGUGCUUCAAGAUCAAGCAACUUGAUUAACGGGCACAUGAGAAGCGACGACUCUCACUGAUGAUCUGACUUCUCAUGGUAUGUAUUCCCAUUUGAGUUUGUACAAAACUCCAUCUCGGACAUGUUCCUGCCUACAGAUUCUGACAUCCUUGCUACUCGGAUGGCUGAUCAUUCUUUUGUCGGAUGCGUUGCUUUCUCAGAGGUGAAGCUUGAGCUCAAAACAUUGGGGAUGCUUGCUAGAGAGAGUGUGUCGAAUUGUAGAGACGAAGGGCUUGCUCUGUUUAGCUAAGCUCGCCAAGGUAGAAUGAGGCGAGUUGCAGAGGAAUUGCUUGAUGUGGUUAAUGGAAAUACUCGUUGCGGUCGAGUCUAGUGCAGACCUCAAUUUUAUUAUUGUGGAUUUUUUUAGUUAAAAUUAUAUAUUUUUUUAAUUAUAUUAAUAAAUAUGAUAAUUUUUUUUAGAGAAUAAAUA